AUGAUGGGAAAGGUCAUCUUCUACGAGGGAAGGAACUUCGAGGGCCGUCACUAUGAGUGCAACGUCGACUGUGCCGACAUGCACUCGCACAUCUCCCAUUGCAACUCCAUCCGCGUCGACACGGGCUGCUGGAUGGCCUACGAGAAGCCCAACUACUCGGGCUACCAGUACAUUCUGACCAAGGGCAAGUACACCGACCACCACCGCUGGUCCGGCUUCAACGACCUGAUCCGCUCCUGUCGCAUGAUUCCUGCAUACAACGGUAACUACAAGCUGAAGAUCUUCGAGAGGACUGACUUCGGGGGCAAGAUGACAGAGUUGAGCGACGACUGCCCGAACCUGCAGGACCGCUUCCACCUGAGGGACGUGUCCUCCUGCAACGUGGUGGAGGGCUACUGGAUCCUCCACGAGCAUCCCAACUACAGGGGCCGCCAGUACUACUUGCGACCCGGGGAGUACAACAAGCACGGCGACUGGGGCAGCAUGAGCUCCACCAUCGGCUCAGUGCGGCGCAUCACAGAGGUGAAGCAGGCCUACUAG